UUUAUGGCACAUUGUCUGGAUCACUGCUAAAAUCCUAAAGUUGCACUCAGGCCACGCGCCUUCACUGCUAGAGUUUGUUGGAGUUUCCAGCGUAAUGCAGUUUUUAACCUUAACGGCACCCUACCGUGACACCUGCACUGUGAGUUUUUUGACCCCAGUCAGCCCUUGAACAUAGACUGCUUGAUCCAAAGUCGACAGUGCAUGUCUUGCAUUUAAAGCAGUGUCAUCCAGGCAGAGAAAGAAUAGUCCUCCACUCUGCAUUUUAUGGAAACCAAAAGAACUCCUGUUGCACCAUCUGCGUCUGAAGACUGAAGAAGCUUUUACCCAGUGGUACAAUAGUCCUCAGCUAUUCACCAGUCAAAGAGCACUCAAUUAGUUUUAUGUUAAUACAUCCCCAGGCUAUCGUACUGAUGUCACUAGCAAAUGGAAAAUCAUCUAUAAAGAUGCCACGCCUUACAAAUCAAGCAAAGGCUGCAAUGCUGGCUGUAGAGACCUUUACAGAGGUCAAGUUUAAUGUCAGUUCCAAAACGGCAAAGAAUGUAGUGGUGGAAUGUGAAGGUCUGGGACUUGUUAAUGAAGAGGUUCUACCAGAGGAUAAUUAUGAAUCAGAUGACGAAGAUGAAUCAGAGGAUGAACAUGAAUCACGUGAUAAACGUGUAUCAGAUGAUGAACAUGAGUCAGAUCACGCAUAUGAAUUGGAUGAGGAACAUGGAAGAAUGUAAUAUGCCAUCUGAAUAUCAAAGUCAACUACCCAGGCUUGGAGUGCUGGUUUUCCUGCAGCAGCAAGCCAAGCCUUGGCAGACCUGGUUUUCCUGGAUUAACUGGGCCUGGCCAGAAGAAGGACAUGCACUUUUACUGUGUUUGAAAGACCUCGCCUUUGACUUUGCCUGGAAGGCAGGCACGUUUCCUGCACUUGUAAUUUCUGACCUUCUGGAGCUGCAGUUUAACUGCGUCCUAAAGGCGCAACCUGCAGAACGUGCGGUUUUAGCGCGUUCGAAGUGACUAGCCAGCAGGUUAUGUGGUCUUAUUGUGGCUUUACCGCAUCUUAGGGACCUACUAUAAGCGGACGAUUUAUCAAAGAGCACACAGUCUGUGGUUGCAUGUCACGCACAAAUGAUUGCCUACUAAGUGGUACCCAGUCUGCUACCUGGACGCUGUUUUUACGUUUCACCUACCUCUAUUUCAGUGUCACGCACGAAACAGAUUCCCAGGCGGUGCCAACUGCCUGGGAAUUGGAACACAUUAUCUAGGACAAGAUGGUACUCCAUAUUAAAAUGGAAACGUCGAGGGGUGUUGUUGUUAAGGGGCUGACACUGUUCAGUAUAAAACCGUUUAUCUUUCUCACUGCUUUAAGAGUCGCUAGGAACGUUAGUGUCACACCAUGUCAAAGAGGAUAGGUCAGGCAAAAAUCUUGAUUAAUUUAGUAAUGGUAAUGCAGAUAAGAAAAAUUUUAACAAGUAUUACAAAACGAGAGAUCCUAAGCCAAUCCUCCUCGGCUAAAACUACUCCCAUCAUUUCCUAAAUACCCGGUAUCUUUUCUAGAACUUCAGUUUCAGACAUGUAUUUUUCUCUGCUGAGCCACCUUACCAUUAAAAAGAUGUCUAACCAAA